ACGUUCAAGCUAUUUUUCUCCUGCACAGGCUGUUGCUAAUUACCUCAGCUGAGACAGAAAUAAAAAAAUAUAUAUAUAUAAAACGAUGUGACAUGGCAGAAGAUGUGUUCAAUGGACAUUUUGUCAGCAUCCUUAGUUUCACCUGCACGCAGCAGAAUCCUCCAUGUCAUGAUCAUACGACUGUAACAGCGAGUUUCUGAGUCGCCAUGGAGACUCCAAUGGGAAAUGAGCUGCCUGGUGCAGCUGGUGGUGGCCAGCCAUCAGACACCAUCUUGCCUGAUCCUCAGUCACCCCAGACGCCUCCGGCGGGGAAGCUAAGAAAGACCGCCUUCAAGUUUUUCGGAGGUCGAAAAAGCAUCUGUAUGCUGCCCAGCUUUUUCGUCGGAAGAGGCAAAAGUCAAGGAAGGUGGUCGUAUAAAAUGGGCGUAACCAAGAGUCAGACUUAUGAUGGCGUGAGCAGAGCAUGCUGGGAUGACAGCAUGAGAGGUGGCGGUGAUGUGACCUCGGUGGAGUUUGAAUUCCACAACCCAAACGGCUCGAGUGACCUGCACAAAGCGCAGGAAAGUUUUGCGAAGUCGCAGUCGCUCCCGCGACAGAAGAGAGGCCUCAGAGGUCUCUUCAGCAGCAUUAGGAAGCACAGGAAAAGCAAAAAUAAUGCUGAAGCGGAAAAAAACGAGACGCUUGAAAUGUCCUCUGGUGAAACAGUGCCUGGUAGGUUGACAAACCUCAGUUGUCAUGGUGACAACGACAGCAAGAGUCACAUAGAUUUGUUAGAGCCAGAUGUGCCUAUGAAAUCUGACAGCAGUGAUUCCACAAAAUUGCCUGCCACUGAUGCACGCAAAAUGGAGGAAACACGAGUGCCUCAGAAAUUAAGGAGCAAGGGGAAGACUGGGGAGGAAGAGAAAGAAGAAAAAAGUGGUGAUGAGGGCCAGGAUGAGGCAGAGGAAGAAAAGCAACAAAAGAAAAAGGGUGGCCUGGUUACGUAUCGGCGGCCGCUAUGCGCAGACUCUGAGAUGGCGCGUCUCGCUGAGGUACAUACAGACGUACCUGAGGGAGACCUGCCCACAGUGUCCACCUCGACUGACAACUUGAUCUUCGGAGAUGUGUCCUCUCUCAAGAGUUUCGAUUCAUUGACUGGUUGUGGUGACAUCAUCGCUGACCAGGAUGACGUCAGCGUCGCAGAGAGUUCAGUGUCCGGUGAGAGAGGAAGUCGUAAUGCUGGCAAACGUAGCUCCUGCCUUGUUACUUAUCAGGGUGGUGGAGAGGAGAUGGCAACUCCAGAUGAAGUGGACAGCGAGUACCUGCACAGCCUGUGGGAGUCGGAAGGCAGCGAGGUGUGCUACCUACCAUCGGAGCAGACCAUCAGUCAUUCUUCCACUCCUGAUCAGCCAACCAGCUCCUUCCAUGUCACCACCAGCACUAGUGGCAAUACCAGCACUAGUCCUUUGGGAAUUACGGAAACGGUCCUCACACCUACCGAUCUUCUGACUCCUCAGAGUGACCGACAGGGGUCGGUGCCAAACAGCGACGAGGGUUACUAUGAUUCCACGACGCCUGGAGCUGAUGACGAUAGUCGUGAACGUCCACAGCAGGAAAGACUUCCCCGGGACAGCUAUAGUGGCGAUGCCCUUUAUGAACUUUUUGAGCCUGAUGAUAGAUUGCUCAGUCCACCUCUACCUUCUAAAGACAAUCAGGGGUUGUUGGGUGGAAACAAAACUAAAGGAGAUCUUCUUUAUGCCUUGACAUCUGCUGCCUUGGAAUCUGGUGCCAUGGAGACGGAGGAGGAGCGUCUGAGUAAGAUCCAGCAUGCUUUGCUAUGUUGCGAGUUGCAGAACCUGAGAAACUCGUCCAAAGAUCAGCAUCUGUAUUGUAGUGACCAUUUAUACAGUGACGCAAACCCUCUUGAGGGGAAGUACAAAAGCUCAGAGGAUGAAGCACACCAUCAGUCUGGAUCCAGACCACUGCAAGGAUCUCAAGCCUUAAAAGAAGUUUUGCCUCCUAGUGGGGGUCAGAUGCAGCACAGAACCUUGUACGGAUCUACUGCCGAUUCAAGGUUAAACACACAAGUCUCCAAGGCAGCAAGCCUUAUCAAAGAUGCAGUACUAUAUUCCAAGCAAGAAAGGUGCGGUGCAUCAGAUGAUGGCUCUUUACAACCCACCAGUGGCUGCAGUCAAUCUCAGGAGGAGCUCAUGGUCUGUUUCUCGCAAGCAUUGGUUGAUUUUACCAAAAACACCAGAAUUUAUCGCAACUCCACAGAGAGUUUGGAUGGCUCGGAAUCGAGCUCACCGUUUGGACCAAGCCUAAGUGCUCUUCCCACCAUUGUGACUUUCGAUGUGGUUGACAUGGAGAAUGAGGGCGAAUGUGAACAGCCAGAGCCUGUAGAGGAAGAGGAGGAGCUGGCAUCCCCAUUUGAGGCGUUUGAAGAUGAUGGCUGCUAUUUACAGCAGGAUGCUUUUGCCGAGUGUGAUCAGAGGACCUUCGAUGCCUAUGAGCAAAGUUUGUUGCUGAGUAACGCUUGGGGUAUCGCAAGCCUUCCUCGUCACCUUAGCCUGAGCCGCCCGAGCCCUCCAGUUCCUGCACCACUUGCUCUCAACCGACGUAGUCGCUCUCUAGAUACAGAUAGUCUUGAACUCCAGACCAGCGACCUUUAUGCGUCCCUCAUUUCCAAUGGCCACAAGAUGGCCGCAUCCUUCCACCGCAGGAAAAACAGUGCAGAUGCAGGAGACCUUUGUGGUGAUGUUCAGCAAGGUAGGAACUGGAGACAGGGGCGUGGUUGUGAAUUUGACCCUUCCCAGAAGGACACCUCCAUGUCUCAGCAGCAACAAAGGUCCUUGCGUGGUACCGCUUGGCUGGAACUGCUGUCAGGUUCUAGUUCUAGCUGUCAGCCAACAGUUCGACCUUCACAUCUCCCCCUACAGGCUGCUUAUCCUAAUAGCAGCACAGCACGAAUUCUGAAAAUCGCUGCUGAAGGAGAUGUUUUGGGUGGGCCUCACAGUGAUCAGUACUCUUGUAAUCAUCCUUCAGGAGGACAGUGGAAAAGUCGACCAGUUGGUAUCACCCAGGGUAUACCUAAUCACCGAUCUGACCAAUCAGAGGCUACAAGAGAGAUUACGACCAAGAAUAGGCGGACAGAGAUGGAGGCGGGAUUCUCCACAGCAACGCCCAAACGCAACAUGUAAACACCCGGAAAACAAAAGUAAACAGGUCUCAUGGCCAAAGACACAGCUGGAUGUUUACUGACCAUCAUGAUUUGUAUCUUUGGCACACAUUUACUGUUACAGUUAUCUUCUUACAGUUAUAAGCUAUUAUAUUUAGUGAUAGUGUAGUUGUUUUUAUUUUUUUUCCUCAGACAUCUAUGAUGUCUUUUUAUUUGCCAUGUUGUUUGGCAGUUAUGUAGCAGGUGUCUAUGAUUUUUAUUUUUGUGCAAAUAUAAAGUCCAGCCUUUGUUUUGUGUUUUGCAAAUCGUUUUGACUCGCUAGACAGUUAAAACCCAUUUGACAGAAAUUUUUACGAUAUGCUUGCACGUUUGAACUGAAACCGUGCUCGCACAUUAAAGUUUCUGCUGCUAUUCCCACGGGAUACUACAGAUUACAACUAGAAGUGUUGAACUUUUUUUAAACAAACUGACUGGUGAACAUCUUUCACAUUUAUCUCCUGAACACUUUAGCUAAACUUUUCAUGUUUUCUGUGCUACACUUGCCUUUUUUUAAUGUUUAGCAUUUAUCCUCACCACACUGUCACACUUGUGGGGACCUUCUGGUGAAUGUGGUGAUGCUUGGGAACAAAAGGAAAAACAAAAACCCUUUGAAGUUUUAUAUGUUCAAAUUAUGUUCUUUGUUGUACUUGGACAGCUAUUUUCAAAUUUGUUUUACAAUGUUCCCUAAUAGUUAGUGUUUGGGGGCUGUAGCUCAUUAAUGGGUCAUGUUUUUCAAAAAAAAAAAACCAAAAACAAAAAGUAAAAAACCCAUGUAGGUACACUAUAUACAUUUUUUUUUUCAGUGUCAGAAACUGUUGGGCAGCUUUACAUCAUGCUUUUAAGUGUUGCUCGAUCAAAAGAAAUGUCUAGGAGAUUACGAGCUAUGCUAGCUUUUAGCUAGUUAUUUCAUAAAACACUGAUGAAUUCGCUACGUUUAUUUCCGCGUACUCCUUGCGACAUAGUGCUGAGUUGAUUAUGACAUGAAAAUCAUUUAAAUAUCAUUUUGUAUGUGUAAUCAAAUGCAUUUUGUAAAUGUCUCUUAAAGAUUUCACCAAAGCCAACAUCAUGCACUUACCACAAUACGGACUGAGGUGUGUGGGCUUUUUUUUCACCAGACAAUUCUAUGACAAAAUCAAAGCUGUUUUUUUGGGAGUUCUUUUUUAUUUCUUCAUGUUUUCUUUUGUAUUUUUUUUCUUUUGAUACAGUCUUUUAUUGUGAUCUGUCAGUGAAUACUCACACUUUUGUUCUGAUGGUGUAUGUGAGCGAGCUGAAACCAACACAAGCUUCUUCUUUUUUUAAUAUAUGGAUGUACACUCAGACAAUGAAUGUUUAAAUAUCAAGAUAAAUGUUUGUGGGAUUGAAGUAGCUGCCAAUCACGACCCUUUACCCGUACUGCCUCUGGGUGCUUACACACUCGCAGAUAAUCAACUGGAAAUAAACUCCAUCUCAAGUGAA